AUGAAGAAAAGUCAAACAGUGGGUGAAUUUGUUAAAGAUGUGAUGAAUUUGGUGAAUCAAAUUCGACUUAUGAGUGAAACUCUUACAAAUGUAAAAGUGGUGGAAAAGGUUAUGAUGAGCUUACCAGAAAGGUUUAAUGCCACAGUUACUUCUUUGGAUCAAGUAAAGGACAUCUCAGAACUCACAAUCUCAGAAUUAGUGAGUGCUUUGGAAACUGAUGAGCAAAGAAAAGCAGCAAUGAGAGAUGAAAAAGUUGAUCAUGCUUUAUCUGCUCAUGCGAAAGGCAAACCUCAUGUAGAUUCUUCAUUUAGAAAGAAUCCAAAUGAUCUCAAAGAAAAGGAUAAAGUUGAAAGAGUUUGCAAGAAUAAAGCUGAUAUAGCAGACAAGAAACCAAAGACUACAAAACAAGUGGAGAAGGUUGAAGUUGCAAAAGAAGUCUUAUUUAUGGCUAUCACAGAGUCUGGUUCAAUAGAUGAAAAUCAUUCAUGUCAACUUGGUAAACUGACCAAAAAGCCUUUUCCCAAAUUGAGGCUAAAUAGCAUAGUUAAUAGACCAGAUUUAGUUCACUUUGAUGUUGUUGGACCUAUGAGUGAACCUUCUCUAAAUGGAAGAAGAUAUUUUGUUAUUUUUAUUGAUGACAUGUCUAGAAUGACUUGGAUCUAUUUCAUGGAGCACAAGUCAGAAGUAUUUUCAGUGUUUCAGAAAUUUAAAGCUAGAGUUGAAAAUGAAUCUAGUUGCAAGAUCAAGACUUUAAGGAAAGAUAAUAGAGGAGGACAUAUUUCUUCAGAGUUCACUAGUUAUUUGGAAAAUGAAGGUAUUCUUCAUCAAUUAACUGCUCCAUACUAUAUGAGUGAGAAAAAGAACAGAAUUGUUGUUGAUAUGUCCAAGUGCCUUCUAUUUCAAAAAAUGCUUCUAAAAAGCUUCUGUGCUGAAGCAGCUAGCACUGCAGUAUAUUUGCAGAACAUCUUGAUAACUUAA